ACGAGGCAAGUAGUACGUCGCGCGCUCCUCUUCGUGUGUGCAUUCUCGCUUCGUAUUCUGUUUUUCGUUUAAUCUUCAGAUCGUUUCUUGCACGCAUUGUCUCUCGAACGAAUGAACACUGUCGAAGCAGCUCGUCAACGUUCGUAGUAUCCGAAGUGCCAUUACACGGUUCGGCAAGUUUCACGCGACGAACUGUCAAAAAAUCCAGUCCGUUAGAAGAAGUCGUGCGAUCCCGUCGAGAUACGUAACUAUUCUCAUCCAGUCGUGAAUACUGUAGCUAAACGAGGUGCUGUCACGUGCGUCUGCAUCCGUGAAAUCGACACCGAUUUACGAUACUCGUGGACCAUGAGUCGUGUUAGAAGACUUUAACGUUGUUUACAGCAUAACGUAACUCGUGUUUACGGCUACCCAGUACGUACAACCGGUUAAGCACGUGGUGGACACGAUGCUCCUAAAAUUGGCAGUGUUGCUGUUCGUUCUCGUGCGGCCAGGUGCAAGUUACUUCAACCUUUUUCUCAGCCAAGCAGAAGUGCGGAAACUGAUGGGUCUCCAGGCGGAAUUGUUUUACGUUAGAGAAGGCGUUAUAAACGAGUAUGCCAUUAAAUUCGUCGUCCCUGUGCCAGCACAAGUUCACAAGCUGCAUUUCACUUGGGAAAAUCUCGCCGGCAGGCCGUUGCCGUACACAAUGUCAGUGGACAUCAGCAAUCCGUCAGCCUUGAGUAGUUCCUUGAACAUAUCUCAAGCCGGUGAGAUCCCAGUUGGUGGACUGCAGACUUGGGCCCUGGCACUGCAUUGUGGUCCUUACGAUGCGGAAGUUGACCUAAGUCUUCGAAUAAAUGUCUCGUUGUCGAGACGAAAUACGACCAGUUUGGACUUCAGACGAAAAAAGAUCUGCUUGAAGGAUAAAAGUAACAUAGGAGCGGAAGAGGUUCUCGUCGCUGCUUCCGGAUCCUCUUCUGGUGGACAAGUGUUUUAUGCUGCCAUUGGCUGCGCCUGUGCCUUCAUCGCUGCCAUUUUUGUCCUCGUUAUUGCUUACUACGUUCGUGACAAAAAGACCAGGAGACAUCGUGAUCCCCUUCAAGAGUCGAGGGGUCUCAGUUCAGCGUGUAGUGUGGAGAGGGGGACCGGGGUUGGGCCUGCCCAAACCUUCUUGUCACCAGAGACCCCUCCACCUGCCUCUGCAACAUCGACUUCUACUUACAGAAGAUUAGAUGAUCGACCUAGUCGAGAAUUGCACGAAAGGAUUCAAGAAAUCACGAUUCAAAGAUGCAGGGUACGCCUUCUCAGCAUCGAAAUGGAAGGCACCUUUGGUCGCGUGUAUAGAGGCAGUUAUCACGAGGAGGGUGCGUCCUCCCCGAGGGAUGUCCUAGUGAAAACUGCUGCUGAACAUGCAUCACAGUCACAAGUUGCCCUCCUGUUACGGGAAGGUUUAGCAUUGUACGGUUUGAGUCACCCAGCUCUGCUUCCCGUUUUGGGUGUCUCUAUCGAAGAUAGAAGCGCGCCUUUUCUCCUGUACCCGCACACUGGUUACAAGAAUAUGAAGAGGUUCUUACUGAGGUGCAAGUUGAGCAGCGAAGGGCCACCGAGAGCACUCACCACGCAAGAAGUCGUGGAAAUGGCCCUUCAAGCUGCCAAAGGGGUUCAGUAUCUUCACAGAAAGAGACUAGUGCACAGAGACUUGGCCGCCAGGAAUUGCGUCGUUGACGAUGAUCUGAGGGUUCAAAUCACGGACAACGCUCUAGCCAGGGACCUGUUUCCGCAAGAUUAUCAUUGCCUCGGCGACAACGAGAAUCGUCCAAUCAAGUGGCUUGCUAUUGAAAGUUUGCUUAAUAAAACGUUCAGUACUGCAUCUGAUGUGUGGGCAUUUGGAGUCUUAUUAUGGGAACUCACGACAUUGGCGCAGCAACCGUAUGUGGAAGUCGAUGCAUUUGAAAUGGCUUCCUACCUCAGAGAUGGAUAUAGAUUGGCACAACCGAUAAAUUGUCCCGACGAGCUGUUCGCUGUGAUGGCUUAUUGUUGGGCAAUGUCCGCGGACGAGAGACCAACGUUCAGCCAGUUGAUCGUCUGCCUUCAAGAUUUCCACACUCAAUUGACGAGAUACGUUUAAUCACUAUACAGCUGAAAUCGAUUGCAGCUCGUAUAAAACAUAUUUUGUAUCCGAGACAUCUCUAAAAUCUAUAGAACUUGUAAA